UUUCUUCUUGGACCAAGAUGACUGAUGGAAACCUUUCCACCUCAAUGAAUGGUGUAACAUUGAUGGGCAUUCUAGAAGGUCGGCCAGGAGACUCACUUCAGGACCUGCAACACCUGAGUGUCAAGGCACCCAUAUCCCUUUCAGUGCCUGACUAUGGACCCUCACUAAAACUUGGUUCUUUGGAAGAUCGACACAGCCUUCAAUCAGUAGACUCAGGCAUUCCUACUCUGGAGAUUGGCAACCCGGAGCCUGUGCCCUGCAGUGUGGUUCAUGUGAAGAGAAAGCAGUCUGAGUCAGAGGUCAUCCCUGAGCGGGCUUUCCAGAGUGCGUGCCCCCUGCCGUCCUGUGCACCCUCAGCUCCCACCAACAGUGAGCAGGAGCAAGUUGUACGGAAGUCUUCCACAUUUCCCAGGACAGGCUAUGACUCAGUGAAACUCUAUAGCCCCACCUCCAAAGCCUUGAGCCGAAGUGACAAUGUCUCUGUCUGUAGUGUGUCUAGUCUUGGCACAGAGCUGUCAACUACACUGUCAGUCAGCAAUGAGGACAUCUUGGACCUCAUGGUCACAAGCAGUUCCAGCGCCAUUGUGACCCUAGAGAAUGAUGAUGACCCACAGUUUAUUGAUGUUACUCUGAGCUCCAUCAAGGAAACCAGUGACCUACACCAGCAGGAUUGUGUUGCUGAGACUGAGGAGGGGAGGAAAUUGAAACUAUUUCAACCAUUCAGUCACUUCUUUACGAGGAAUUUGCUUGCUAGAAAACAAAAUGCAAGACUUGAUAGACAGAGAGACUUGGGAUGGAAGCUGUUUGGAAAAGUCCCACUUCGAGAGACUGCUCAGAAAGAUUCAAAGAAAACACAAAAGGAAUAUGAAGACAAGGCUGGAAGACCAAGCAGGCCACCCUCUCCAAAGCAGAAUGUGAGGAAGAACCUGGAUUUUGAGCCGUUGUCCACCACAGCACUCAUCCUUGAGGACAGACCUGCAAAUCUCCCAGCAAAACCAGCUGAAGAAGCCCAAAAGCACAGACAGCAAUAUGAAGAGAUGGUGGUGCAGGCCAAGAAACGAGAGCUUAAAGAAGCCCAGAGGCGGAAGAAGCAGCUGGAGGAAAGGUGCAAGGUUGAAGAGAGCAUCGGAAAUGCCGUCCUCACCUGGAAUAAUGAGAUCUUGCCCAACUGGGAAACCAUGUGGUGCUCUAAGAAGGUUCGAGACUUGUGGUGGCAGGGAAUUCCUCCAAGUGUAAGAGGCAAAGUAUGGAGCUUGGCCAUUGGCAACGAGUUGAACAUCACCCACGAGCUCUUUGACAUCUGUCUUGCCCGGGCCAAGGAGCGGUGGCGGUCCCUCAGCACUGGCGGCUCAGAAGUGGAGAAUGAAGAUGCUGGGUUUUCAACAGCUGACAGAGAGGCCAGUCUGGAACUUAUUAAACUGGACAUUUCUAGAACAUUUCCUAAUCUCUGCAUUUUCCAGCAAGGUGGUCCAUAUCAUGACAUGUUGCACAGUAUUUUGGGCGCUUAUACUUGUUACCGGCCGGAUGUGGGUUAUGUUCAGGGCAUGUCAUUUAUAGCUGCAGUGUUGAUCUUGAACCUAGACACUGCAGAUGCCUUUAUUGCUUUUUCUAAUCUUUUGAAUAAACCCUGUCAAAUGGCAUUUUUCCGAGUGGACCAUGGCCUUAUGUUGACUUACUUUGCUGCAUUUGAGGUAUUCUUUGAAGAAAACUUGCCGAAAUUGUUUGCGCAUUUCAAGAAAAACAACUUAACUGCAGACAUCUACCUGAUCGAUUGGAUCUUCACCUUGUACAGUAAGUCCCUGCCCUUGGACCUGGCCUGCCGCAUCUGGGACGUGUUCUGUCGAGACGGGGAGGAGUUUCUCUUCCGUACCGCUCUGGGCAUCCUGAAGCUAUUCGAGGAUAUCCUGACGAGGAUGGACUUCAUUCACAGUGCCCAGUUUCUGACCAGGCUGCCUGAGGACCUGCCAGCAGAUGAGGUGUUCGCAUCCAUCGCCACAGUCCAGAUGCAGAGCCGGAACAAGAAAUGGGCACAGGUGCUGUCUGCGCUGCAGAAAGACAGCCGGGAAAUGGAAAAAGGAAGCCCAUCCCUCAGACACUGAGGCUUAGGGGUUCCUUGCACUUGGCAAAGAAGCAGAGCUCCACAUGGCACCUCUGUGCUUUCAGACUGAAGCCUGUGAAGAACAGGGCUCUUUCCAUGUUGGAUUUCUCAUGCUGGAGUUGGCCUUAAAACAAAGCAGCUCUUAAAGAAUUACAUCCAGGCUUAGCCUUAAGCGGCUCAGUGGACCUCUGCACUGGAAUUGGUCAUGGCUAGCACUGCAUUUUCCACAUGGGUUCAAGAAAGGGCAGGCUGUCUCCUUGCUCCUUUAUUCCAGCGCAGUUAAUUAAAUUGUGAUGCUAUUAUGCCAACUACUGGAAGGUAUAUUACAAUCUUUCUUAGCCAAGAGGCAUGAGAAAUAUUAUUAGGAGACCACAAAGAUGUUAUUGGCUCGUAUGUUGGUUAAGAAAAGAAUUAUUUAUUUAGUUACUGAAAUAAUCUUUCCAGAGAUGGUGGGGUUUUUUUGUUGUUUUGUUUUUAACUUCAUUUUUAUCUUAUGAGCAUUGGUAUUUUAUCAUGGUUUUUCCAGUCCCCUGGAACUGGAGUUACUUACAGACAGUUGUGAGCUGCCAUGUGGGUGCUGGAAAUUGAACCUGGGUCCUCUGGAAGAUCGGUCAGUGCUCUUAAACCGCUGAGCCAUGUCUCUAGCCCGAAGGGUGUGUUUUAAAUCUCCCUGCCAAGGACAGCAUAAGGAAGAUUGACCUUCUAGGAUAGUUGCUGGUGAAUGUUCAUAGACUCCUGAAAAGUCACCUGACCUUUGUGUUGUCAUUUGACCCUGUUGCCUUGACACAUGACAGCAGAAAGACUGAGAGUUCACAUUAUGAUCCCGCUCUCCCAAGUAACUAACAUUCAUUGCAUCUUGGGAGCCAUAGUGUUUGGAGCAGGGGAGCCACGUGCUGAGAAGCAAUAGAGAUGGGCCCUGUAAAGAAAGGAAUAGGAAGAGACUGCAAAAUUUGCUUCUCUUAACCUGCAUGUUUCUGGGAGGCUGGUCAUGGCAGCCUUUGAAGACAUCGCCGUGUGGGAGACAGUUUCCUUGCUUUAGCUGAAUGUCCCUUUUUGCCUUUGUCACCUGAGUAGCUGGACCCCUCCUAAGUGCCAGUGAUUCUCUCCUGUACCCAUCUGGCUUUAGAAGAUAGGCUUCACACACUGCUGUGGGAACUGAAGAGAAGGGCAGUCUUCCGGAUUCUCAGCGUCAUCAGCCUUUCCCUUUCCAGCUGAUUUCUCUCAGCUCAUUGGUGAGGGUGUUGGUGGUGUAGCUUUUCCUUGACUUGAGAACUUUGUAUAAGUAAUUUGAUUAUCCAAAUUCACAGAAAUGAAUAGUUUUUGCAUAGAAUAAUACAAAAGACAUCCAGUAUCUGUGGAAACUGAUUACCUCCUGAUAAUCCACUGGCAUCCUUGUCCCUGAGGGUACAGGUAGGCCGGGAUUGAGAACCUAUUUUCCAGCAAAUGCCUAUGUGGUCUAUAGUCCAUAGCCCUCUGAAACCAUACCUGCUACCCCCAGAAAUCAUCCUCUCCAUCAUUCUAGUGUCUGACAACCAUUGGGGAGCCCUUGACUGACUACAGCAUGUGGCAGGGAGACUUGGGUCGGCCUUAUGACGGUGUAUUUGCAUGGGUUCCCUUCAUGUGCUGUGCUUGUUGGUGAUAGCCCAGUGCAUCAGCAGGUUGUCAUAUUCACGCCAUUCACCCAUGCCACCACUCUUCUCCUGGAGUCUCAUUUGUAGUCUCUUGGCUUCUCCAGGGAGGCUACCGAACACCCUCCAUAUAGCUCUCUGCCUUAGUGUGAAAGGCUGAUGUCUGACCUCUUGGAGGAGGAUGUCUUCAUCAGCCAUCCAGUGUCCUCCAGAUCCAGCCAUUCUUGACAUCAGAUACUGAAUGUAGCCCAGGCCCAGCUGGCCUAUGAGGAGCGGAGUACCCAGACCUGUCUGCUGUCGUUCCUUUCAGAUGUACUUAGUUUUAUUCCAUGAUAUGGGCAUCUGUUCUCUCAAGAUGUAUAUAUUUUCUUACUGUACAUAAAGACAUUCCUAAGUCAUACAGAAAGUGUUGUGACAAGGGGACUUGGGCACCUUGUUGUGAAUGCCAUUGUGGAAUUCUCUGUGUGUUCACAAUCCAGCUCUUAACUUUUCUUGUUUGACAUAAAUCUGUGGGCAUGGAUGAAGUUCUCAAACAGGACUCCAUGCCAGCCAAGCACUGACUGCAUCUCUAGUCCAAACAGGGUUUUCAUAGCCUGUUUGUAUGAGCCUGAUGUGCCCUCUCCUUAGAGGCUAUACCGUUCCAAGUUCCUCUUCUCUGAGGGCAUCUCUCCUGCUCCUGUUAUGGCAAACUGGAAACAGAUCCUACAGAAGUCUGCACCUCCCACCUCGCUUGCAGUUGACUUUCAGUCCUAAACUUGAGGGUGCUGGGCAGCUCUCACUCUAGAGGGAGCUUGCAAGGGAGGCUUCCUGUCACCUUGGGAGCAAUGCUCACUUCAAAGGUACUUCUAACUACUCAGUUUGUGACUAUAUUUUCCAUGUUUGCCAAUAGGAAACUCCUGAUAACACUUGCUACAUAUCAUGUUUUAAUUGCUUGUACAGUUAACCUUUAAUUUUAUUUAGUAAAAUGUAUCAAACUAGGACUUUUUGAAUUGUAAAUACGUGGUUUUAUUAAAUAAAGUCAUGUAAAAUUGUUA